GUUCGAAGGUCGAGAUUGACGUAGUUCGAAAGUCUGUGCGCAAGCUGGAACGCGACCGCAUCUUUCUGUCACUCCACCUUCCUUUCUUUGGACACACGCUCCUGUCACUGACCCUCCAGAUGUUUGUUCCAAGAGCAGUCAGGCUCAAGGGCGUAAAAGAGAGUCAAAGGCCGAAGAUAUCGAAGCCACAGACGAUACCACAAUCACGCAAAGAUGAGACUAACAGAAAAGAUGCGCUCGUCGAAGCAAUGGGCGAGACGAGUAUGAACUCACCUGCACCACCACAUGAUACAGCUUCAGAUGCAGCAGCUCCCACCCGUGGUCCUCGAUUCACUACCAAGCCUGUCACACCGGAAUACGUUGCUCAACUAGCUGCCGGCAUUGAGUUGAUCUUUACAGAUUACGCACAUCAGGAGGAGGAGCGUUCGAGAUGGCUCAAGGAUCGAUAUAGGGUUGUCGAUGGCGAGAAAGACUACAUUCAUCUCACAGCAAUCCUAGAACAUCCCAACAUCUCGAAGCUGAAGCCAGAAGCUACCCAGUUUCUCCUCAAACAAGCCCUGCACGGCCAUCCUUCCAACGUACUCGAGCUGUCGCAGAACGAAUACUAUGUCCGUCGCCGACCCUCUAGCAACCCUCUACCCUUCGUGCCCAAGAACUCGUUCAACAUCGUGGAUGACGACGGCCUCAGCUUCUGGGACCAACGUACCAUCUACGUAGAACCACAUCUACGCAACAUGUGUCCAACGCCGGCAAGAGUAGCGCAAUGGUUGACUGAGCACGGCCAGUUGAAGCCGAAGUGGCUGCCCGUACAAGCAGUGCACACGCUCUGGAACAGCUGCGCCUUUGUUGUUCUAAGCGGCAACGUGAUGCAAGAGGGCACGUGGAGCAAAUGGAGGGAAGCUGGAAAGCCGGACGACUGGAAGAUCAUGACCAAGGUGGAACAUACAAAGCGCACUGCUGAGUACCUGGCACUACUCGAGAAAGAGGCUGUCAGAGCUAUGCGCAGAAACAGGGAGGAGACAAGCCAGCUGCCACCCAUAGCACGACCUGCAGCGCUUCCUAUGGCGUUUAAGCCCUUGCCUAAGGACGCAUCGAUCAAGGUCGAAGGCAAGAAGAAGCGCAAAAGGCAUAAGCCUUCGAAGUCCGGUGAUUACGCUGGGCAAGGUAACGAGCAGGCUGAAGAUUCAGUGAACCAGGAGACGGCGCAUGAGCCAGACACAGGUAUGGCCCAUGCGCCACGGGAGGUACAGCGAGAUGUUGCCCAAUCGACAAAGAAUAAAAAGAAACGCAAGAGGCGGAAGAGUAGCAAACCAGACAAGAAUGUUGACGAUGCUACUGAUGCAGUAGCUCCAGCAGACGAUGAUGAGCCGAAGAAGAAGCGUUGUCGCUGACACAGGUUCAUUGGCACAUAAAGGCUACACAUCAACCCACAUGGCACUUGCUCGUGGAUCGCAAAGGAGGCUCAGCCACACCUCAAAGCACUAUCUAUCGGAUGUCUGCUGCCGUUGAGCCUCAGAGAGGCGUGCGCUAACCCCAGGCUUACCCCGCUUACUCGACAACGCUGACUUUCCAAAAGUUACCGAAGAUCGCCGAUAGAACUACUACCAUAACGGU